CACCGCUCACAUCCAUCGUCUCCUUUUCUUUCUCUCUCCUUAAAGAUCAAAAGGCCCAAAGCCAACAGGUAAUUUUCUUACAAUGUCUCGUCAAAACAGUUAUAUUCACUCAUGAACACCACCCUCAAUUCAUUCUCCGCUGCCGAAUCGAGCAUGGAAGACACCUCCAAUCCCUCAAUCACUACCAACCAAAACGCCAACAAAGAAGAUGAAGUUGAUGCAGAGGUUUGGGCAACAUUCAACGAUAGUUUUCGACAAGUUCAGUCGGUUCUGGACAGAAACAGAGUUUUGAUUCAACAAGUGAACGAGAAUCACCAGUCUAGAACUCCUGAAAACAUGGUCAAAAACGUCUCUCUGAUUCAAGAACUUAACGGCAACAUCUCCAAGGUUGUUGGGCUUUACUCUGAUUUGAAUUCCAAUUUCUCCACUGCUUAUCAUCAGCGAAACCACAACGGUAAAAAUAACGGCAACACGGCCUGAAUCGAUUUCUUAGUUGUAUCUUAUUUAUUCAGUGUGUGUAAUUUGGGGGGUUCGGGAUUUUAUUGAGGGUAGAAUUUAUGUUGUGUCUGUCGUGGUUUAUGUUAUAUCAAGGAAAGACCAUGGUGCUCUUGAGUUUGGAUUAAUGGAGUAUUCAGUAUUUUCUACUA